AUGGAUGCAGGAAAUCACUCGGUGGUGUCCGAAUUUUUCUUGAUGGGACUCGCCAGUUCUUGGGAAAUUCAGAUUCUCCUUUUCCUGAUUUUCACAAUUUUUUAUGUAGCAAGCAUGCUGGGAAACCUCCUCAUCGUACUCACAAUCAUCUCAGAUCAUCAUUUACAUUCCCCACUGUACUUCCUGCUGGCAAAUCUCUCCUUUAUCGAUACAGGUGUGUCCAGCAUCGCAACUCCAAAGAUGAUUUAUGACCUCUUCAGAAAAUAUAAAGUCAUCUCCUUGAAAGGCUGCAUCACUCAGAUGUUCUUCAUCCACACUGUUGGUGGUGCAGAGAUGUGGACCAUUGGACUCAUCCACUCUGUAGUCCAGCUGGCUUUUGUUGUAAAUUUACCCUUCUGUGGAGCCAACAAGAUGGACAGCUUCUAUUGCGAUUUUCCUCGGUUCAUCAAACUUGCAUGUAUAGACACCUAUAGCCUACAGUUCCUGAUCAUGGCUAACAGUGGUUUCAUCUCCAUGGGCACCUUCUUCAUCUUGAUUGUGUCCUACAUCUUCAUAUUGGUCACAGUUCGGAAACACUCUUCAGGUGGCUUGGCCAAGGCACUCUCCACUCUCUCAGCUCACAUCACAGUGGUAGUUUUCUUCUUUGGUCCUUGCAUUAUUGUCUAUGUGUGGCCCUUUCCUAAUUUAUCUAUAGAUAAAUUUUUAGCUAUUUUUUAUGUAAUUAUCACACCUUUUUUGAAUCCUAUCAUCUAUACAUUUAGAAAUAAGGAGAUGAAGAUGGCAAUGAGGAGACUUUUUGACAAGGUUUUGUGUUUCAGGAAGAGUCCUUAA